GGCAGCAACAGUGGAGCCAGCAACAUCAAUAAGAAGAAAGAUUUGUAGGGAAGAGUUCCAUCUCUCUCUCUCUCUUUCUCUCUCCCAUAUAGCUUUCUUAUAUUCUCUUCCAAUCCUCUCUAUUUCUGAAGGAGGAGAAAUAAAGCAAACUGAGGAAGAUGGGGAGGGGAAAGAUCGAGAUCAAGCGCAUUGAGAACACGACUAAUAGGCAGGUCACCUUCUGCAAGCGCCGGAGCGGUCUUCUGAAGAAGGCCUACGAGUUGUCUGUGCUGUGUGACGCGGAGGUCGCCCUUAUCGUCUUCUCCAGCCGCGGCCGUCUCUAUGAGUAUGCAAACAACAGUGUAAGGGGAACGAUUGAAAGAUACAAGAAGGCAUACGCAGAGAGUUCUAACUCGGGUGCUGCAGCUGAAACGAAUGCGCAGUAUUACCAACAUGAAGCACAUAAACUACGCCAACAGAUCAACAAAAUACAACAAGAUAACAGGCAAAUGCUGGGCGAAGGUGUCAGUGAAAUGUCAAUAAGAGAUCUCAGAUCUUUAGAGAAUAAAUUGGAGAAAAGCAUUUGCAGAAUAAGAAACAAAAAGAAUGAUUUGCUGAACAGUGAAAUCCAGUACAUGCAAAAAAAGAAUGAAGAUCUGCACAACGAGAACGCGUUUCUUAGAGCAAAGGUCUGCGAGAACGAAAGAGCGGAGCAGCUGCACAUAAACAUGAUGGCUGCAGCCCCGGCGGAGUACGAGUUGCCAUCAGCAGUAUCCUUCCAGCAAUUCAAUCUAAUGGAAUCCUCCCACCACCAAUACUCGCACCAAGAAAGAACUACCUUGCAACUUGGAUGACAUUGAAAGCCCAAAGUCUCAAGAUGGGGUCCCCUUGUGAAAACAUGAUUUCAAUUGUCUUCCCACUCCGAAUCUGCAGAUUUCACUUCCCAAUCAAGAAAACAAGGGGGGAAAGAAGAAGCCAAGAGAUGGAACCAGAUCAGAGUCUGACAUCAUUAAUCUUGGCCAUGUCUCAUUCUCUUAAACUGGUAUAAAAGUCUAAGCUAUACGAGGAGGCCUGUUUUAAUUUGGAGUAUGUCUAGCUUGUAAAACAUGUAACUUUGUGCAUUAUCUGCCCACAUAAAGCAUUGAGCUUUCAAUUGCAACAACAACUGGUAACACGAAUAUGUUGGCUCCAAUAUGUCAAUAUGUUUCUAUUUUUCUUUUUUCAUUUCAAUUAUUAUUAAAAAAAAGGGCACCAGGAAUUGAAGACUUGGCCAUUACUCCCCCUCAAGUUGGUUGUGCUUCCAUGUCGACGAUUCCCAACUUGCUUGUAAUGGAUUGGAACUUGUCUUUGUAGAAAGAUUUGGUGAAAGUGUCAUUAAGCAGAUCCUCAAUUUUGAUA